AUGAGCACUUUUACCUUUAAACUUGUAGCCUUCGUGCUCCCCACCCUUAACGACAUCCUUCCUAAGCUUAAGGUCGCUAAUAUCAACUCCUCUUAUCGUUACUAUGGAUACGUAUACGUACGUCAUAUCGGUGUCGUGGCCGAGGUUUAUGAUAAAGGUCUUCUACGUGCGGUACGGGACCCUAUUAAUGACAAGGCGUCUAUUCUCUUGGCGCAUAGGCCGCAGUUGACGCACGCCCUUGUCCUUCCUAGCCCGUUCCGGGACCUAUUAUGGUUAACGCCUUCGCCGCCGGCGCGGAAACGUUGGCCAAAAGUAUUGUUUCUGUUAGGGUCCGGCCGCCUGAGACUACUGUGGGUAUUAUCUAUGUAG